AUGUCGUUGUGUAUUGUUGACUCGGAACCACUGGAUGUCAUGGAGUCGCUCGUGGCAGAUUUGGACUUUGGAGCGAUUGAAAACAAAAAUGUGGAACGAAAAGAGUGGGAAAGUCCAUACGGCGAGGAGCAACUGCGUAAACGUAUUGAGAUCGUACCUGUCGAAGAUGUUCGGAAGUUAACCAUGUGUCUUUCCGAUUCCCGACCUACAGGAUGA